AUGAAACUCCCGGGGGUCAAAAACAUGUGGCCGGUUCAACACCAUACAUUACCAGACUAUGAUACGAAGUGGGUAGGCACCGAGCCAUCUAAAUUGAAUUCUUCUCUAUUCAAAAGAGAUGUGAUAGGAAACUAUCCACCUCACGUCAUGACACAGAUCGAUAGAUUAAGGGCCGAUGGAAUUACUGGAUCUGGUAUUAAAAUUGCGGUUAUCGACACUGGAGUUGACUAUUCUCAUUAUCUACUCGGUGGUUGCUUUGGAAAAGGCUGUGUGGUGGGCUAUGGGUUUGAUUUUGUUGGUGACGAGUACAAUGGAAAGAAUACACCAGUUCCCGAUCCGGACCCUAUGGACUGUUCAGGACAUGGAACCCAUAUUGCUGGUGUCAUCGCAGCAAAGGAAAAUGAAUUUGGGUUUUUUGGAGCUGCUCUAGAUGUUACUAUCGGUGCUUACCGUGUCUAUGGGUGUACUGGGCAAGGUGUCACAACUGACGUUCUCAUCGCCGCAUUUACGAAAGCCGUUGAAGAUGGUAGUAAUAUCAUUACUGCUUCUAUUGGCGUUACUGGUGGUUGGCCUUAUGACGCAUGGACUUUAACAGUUGAACGAAUCGUCGCUGCGGGAAUUCCCUGCAUACUGUCUACUGGAAAUGAAGGCCAGGGUGGUUUAUUCAUGCCCGGCGGAGCGGCACAUGGCAAGAACGUUGCAUCCGUGAGCUCAUACGACAACACCCAGAUUCCCACUUUUUGGUCCACGGCAAAGUACACAGUGGAUGAUUCUCCAGAAAUGCCAUUCUACUGGACCGCUGGUGACCCGGCCAAAUGGACCAAUCUCUCCCUUCCUUUAACGGCGUUAAGUUAUGAUUACAACAACUCAAAUGACGCAUGUAAUAGCCUUCCAGGAAACACGAUGGACCUUUCUGGUUCCAUCGUUCUUAUCAGGAGAGGCAAUUGUGAUUUUUCUCAAAAAGCUGCAAAUGCUGUGGCGAGAGGUGCUCGAUACAUCAUCUUCUACAGUAACACUGAAAGUGUCUACUCACCUGAGAUGACUACAGACGGUCUGCUUGGAACUGGAAUGAUUUCAGCCAGCCAAGGUAAAACAUUCAUUGAAAACCUCAAGAAUGGGUCGAAGAUUGUGGUUAAGAUUACUGAUCCCGCUAACGCGGCCCACCAUGUAACCUUCCGAACGAACAACUCGACUGGCGGAUAUGUUAGCACGUAUGCUAGCUGGGGACCAACAUUCGAGCUCGACGUUAAACCACAAUUUGGCGCACCCGGAGGCUGGAUACUGUCCACUUAUCCAAUUGCCAAAGGUGGUUUCGCAGUACUUUCAGGAACCUCAAUGGCAUGUCCUCUUGUAGCAGCUGCCUACGCGCUAGUCGCCCAAGUUAGACAAACAUUCGACCCUAUAAUCUUAAGAAACGUCCUCUCAGCAACCGCAAAACCAACAAACUUCAACAACGGUACUGCGACCUUUCCUUACUUGGCACCGGUUCCUCAGCAAGGUAGCGGAAUGAUCCAGGUGUACGAUGCCGCACACUGUACUACGCUUCUAUCCACAUCGAGCCUGUUGCUCAAUGAUACAGCGCAUUUUAUCAAUUCCACCAGAUUCUAUAUUCACAACACUGGAGAUGUGGAUAUUGUAUACCGCUUGAGCCCCAAACAAGCAGCCACAGCAUACACCUUGCCAUCCAAUAGCAUAUAUCCUGCAAACUUCCCUCCAGCGCUAUCAGAAGGCCAUGCGGAUAUUCGGUUUUCUGAACAUGCCAUCACUGUGCCAGCUGGUCAGUCUAAACUAGUCGAGAUUUCCAUGACACCCCCAUCUUUGGAUGUUGCUCGCCUUGGCGUCUAUUCCGGAUUCAUCGCUAUUGAUGCGACAAAUGGCGAAACACUUUCUCUUCCGUUCAUGGGAGUAUCUGGGUCUAUGCGCAACGCAACUGUUCUCGCGAAGGGCUUUCUAUCCAAUUCAACGGACGCUAAAGCUUCCCCAGUUUUGAAUGGAACGCACUACGAGCUCGUGGAGAGUGAACUCAUGCGUAACGAUUCCAAGCUUGUCAUUCCAACUGUUAGCGUUACUCUAGCCCUUGGUUCGCCCCUCCUUAGAGUCGAUGUGGUUCCUUACUUAACCUCUAAUUCAAGCAGUAAGCUUGUAUUGGGCAUUAUCAGCUUAGGAAGUAUCAAGGGAUUUCCGAAAAGAUAUCUAUCAAGGGGGCAAGAUAGCUGGUCCUGGACAGGUCAGCUGGAUGAUGGAUCUUAUGUGCCGGAUGGCCAGUAUAAACUACUCAUUAGAGCGCUUCGUAUCUUUGGAAAUCCGGAUAACGAGGAUGACUAUGACAAGGUAGAGACUGUAUCCUUUAGCUUAAAAUAUCGUGUCUAA